AAUCUAUUCACGAUUACAUAUUGACAGGGUGGUUAAAAAUGAAUAAAUAUUUGUACCUUCCUAAUUUACUAUCUGCUAAAGUCAUGCUAUUUUCAGGCUGUGCCAAAAGUAAAGUGUUAGGUUGUGUAAAAAAAUUAAUUUAGGUGUGCUUUAGGUAGCCCACGUGAGAAACUAAACUUUUAAAAAGUUAAGCACAGCUAAAUAAUAUACUCCAUAUCUUGCUUCAUAUAUACAUAAAAACCUUUCUGAAAAAGGCUUUAUAAAAUUGUUGAUCAUUUUGAUCAGAAAACACUAAAACAUGAGUACUGCAUAUCGUUAUGGAGUUUGGUUUGUGAAAGGUAUUCGUGAGUUCACAAAAGCUGGAUACGAUGUCGCAUCAAAAAAUUUCGAAUCUCUUGAUGGUAUCUCUGUUAAUGGAAGGUCUUAUCUAAUUACUGGUGCUAACAGUGGCAUAGGUAAAGAAACUGCAAUGGAGAUUGCAAAACGAGGAGGUACUAUUCAUAUGGUUUGUCGAAAUGAAGUAAAAGGUAAAGAAGCUCAAGAUGAAAUCAAAACACAUUCUGGAAACGACGAUGUUCAUCUUCACAUCUUGGACAUGUCUGAACCGCAGAAGGUCUAUUUAUUUGCAAAGCAGUUUGUUGAGACAUCGAAACCACUGCAUGUUAUUAUAAACAAUGCUGGUUGUAUGGAGAACACAAGAGUUUUGACUGAAGAUGGUUUAGAAAAGAACUUUGCUACUAACACAUUGGGAACAUAUGUGCUGACGUCAUCAUUAAUUGAUCACAUUAAAAAAUUUGACUCGCCCCAGGUUAUAACUGUCACUUCAGGUGGUAUGUUGUUAGUGAAACUUAAGUUGGACGACCUACAAUUAGAAGAGAUGAAUCCCUUCGAUGGAGCUGUUGCUUAUUCUCUCAACAAACGUCAACAGGUUGUGAUGACUGAUCAUUGGACGAAACAACACCCACAAAUACAAUUCACAACAAUGCAUCCAGGAUGGGCAGACACUCCUGCAGUGCGACUGUCAUUACCAGAUUUCCAUCGCAGAAUGGGAGACAGGUUGCGUACACCGUACCAAGGCGCUGAUACCCUUAUUUGGUUGUGUGUGUCAGAAACAGCCAGGAAGCUCCCUGGAGGAGGGUUUUAUCAAGAUCGAAAGAGUGUAAAAAAACAUUUACCGUUAGCAUGGACUAAAUCUUCAACGGAAGAAGAAGACUUGUUUGUGAAGAAAUUGGAAGAAAUCUCGUCAAAAUAUACACAGUGACGAAUCUAUAUUUUAUAUUUCAACAAAGAUGUCUUCUGCGACUAAAACAGUCCUCGAAUCUUGUGACUGACUCCACAGACUGUAAAGAAUGUAUAUUUUUACAAAAGAAAGGCAGAAAAAAUGUCGUUAUUACCAGUUUUACCUCUUUUGUUUAGAUUUUGUUCUGCUUUUUGUAUCAUUGCACCUUAAAUAGGUUUCCAUAAUUAAUCAUUCUAUACGUUCGUCUGUUUUGAUGGUUUAAGUAUUAACAAAUCUCUUCGUUGUGAGGUUGAGUAAUAUAGAAGUUUUUGGAAAUAAGGUAGUACGGUCGUACUUUAUAAACAUUUUGCACCUCUCAAACUGUUUACUGUUCUGUUAUGUUUUAUAUGCUAAUGAAAAUUUAGAAUUAGAUUGUGUAAAAUUAUUUUUGUGGAUACUUAAUUGUGUUUUGUUUCAGUCAAAUAUAUUGUUAGAGGAUCGUUUAUUAAAUUAAAAUUAUAAAAAAAGGCUGGUUCUGUGUUAUAUAAAUAGAAUUUGUAACAAAAAUUUAAAAACUGAUUAAAAAAAUUUAUAGAAAUAGAAAAA